UGAUAUAUCCAUCCCACGUAAUCUAAAAACAGAAGAAAAUCAACCAAGUCGGUGAUGUAAUCCCCAAACCAAACCACAUUCAAAACCCUAGACUUCAAUCGAUUUGUUCUGAUCUGAACGAGUUCCAGACUCACUUUGUUAUCUUCUUCUCAGUGCAGCUGUGACCUGACUGUAUUGGCUGUUAUCUUCUUCUGGGAGGAAAAUGUCAUCAUUGGGCACUUCGAAAGGGAUUCUAGAGAUUGCCAAGUUUGGGGUGUAUGUAACUGUCCCCAUCGUUCUGAUGUACACCUUCGCUAACAACACCAACAACUACCUCCACAAGUUCAUUGGAAAAAAGUCAUACGUUGAAUACCCCCGGGAUUUAGAAAGGCCACCAUCACCGGAGGAACUUAGGGAGAAGGCACGCGAGCUGGCUCAUAAAAGGAACAAUUCAUGAUGUCCUUGUGGUUUGUUGUGCUGCAGUAGUUAUGUACCAGUAUCACUGUUACUGAUUAUACAGUUGGAUAUGUUACUGUUAUGUGUAAGUGUAACGAUGAAUGGUACACUUCUAAAUAAAAUAAAAAAAUGAUGUCAUUUUGAUCCGUGAAAUGUGAAAUCCUUUAAAAUCGAACGGUAAACACAUUUUCCUUUGUUAAUAAACAUUUGUGGUCUUUAUACAAUAUAUUCAUUUUCAA